AUGGAGUGGGGAUUGCAUAGACUCACCUCUAUUAAAGAUCUCCUAAUUGAUGGUGGUAAUUCUGAUGCGGUAAUAUUUCCAGAAAGGGGUUUGCCUACCAACCUAACAAUGCUUAGCAUCUCUGGACCCAAUAUUGUUAAGGCAGUAAUGGAGUGGGGAUUGCAUAGACUCACCUCUCUUACAAUGCUCCGCAUUGAUGGUAGUAAUUGUGUGUCAUUUCCACAAGAGGAGAUCAAGCUGCCCCCUUCUCUCAACUCUAUUUCUAUCUCACACUUCAAAAAUCUAAGGAAGCUAUCCUCCAAAGGCUUUCAGCAUCUUUCCUCUCUUCAACAUUUGCGGAUAGGGAAUUGUCCGAAGCUCAAAUCCCUUCCCAAAAAGCAAGUGCUUCCCUCGCUUUUGGAUCUACAAAUUCUUGAUUGUCCAGUGUUGAAGAAAAGGUGCAAAAGGGAUAAAGGAAAAUAUUGGCCCAACAUCGCUCACAUACCACGUGUUCAAAUUUAA